UGAGUAUCAGAAGUGUCCAGCAGGCGGCGCUGUGAACGUUAGCGCCGCUGUAAAGUCACAACAGAAGCGGAGCUGCAGUGAUCUUUGUCGCUGAGGAUGUUCACUAAGAUCUACACCUGAGCUGAGUUAAAAAUCCUGAGAAUCAUAAGUCUUUAGACCUCAUAAUGGAAUCCACAGAGGUCAGGCUGUGUUCCCUCGAACCUCCACAAGCUCCUGCUGGCUCUGAGCUUUGUGAAGAUGUGCAGACUGAAACCUGUACAGAUUCAGAUGGAGGGACAUCAGGCUCUGUUGACCAUGAAAAACAUAUAAAGAAAGAAGAAGCUGAAGAGGAAGGCUAUAUCUGUGAAGCAGCAUCAGGUCCUGUGGGAUGCAUCACACCUGUGGACCACUACAUCCAUGUAAAAAAGGAAGAACCUGAAGAUGAAGACUCUCUCUGUGGAGAGGCAUCCAGCUCAGUGGAAAACAUCGAGCAACAGGACCGAGGAUUUCAGAUGAAGUGUGUUGAGAUGAAGUGUGUAAAAGAGGAAGAGUCUGAUGAUGAAGACUACCUCUGUACAACUACAGUCUGUGAAAUGACCGAUGCCCAGUUUCAAGUCUUCUCCUGCUCCGGCUGUUCACUUUCCUAUACGUCUCAAAUUUACCUCCACAAACACAUCAGGAGACACCACUAUGAGGAAUAUGAGCGAUUGCUAAAACUGGGAGAGAUCAAAGAUGAGAAUCUUCUGACCACAAGAAGCUCCAGGAUUCAGGAUACAGUCUGCGGUCCCAACAGCAGGAACUCCUCGGAUCGGCGAAUGCAGAAAGACGUCUAUCUCUGCUCGGAGUGUGGGAGGAGUUUUAGUGAUCAGAGUAAUCUGCGACGUCACCAGCGCAUUCACACGGGAGAGAAGCCUCACCGCUGCCUGCAGUGCGGAAAGAACUUCGUUCGGCCGAGCGACCUCCAAAUACACCAGCGUGGUCACACCGGAGAGAGGCCAUAUCACUGCUCACAGUGUGGGAAGAGCUUUACAACCAAGGGCAACCUUCAGAUACACCGGUCAGUUCACACAGGAGAGAAGCCCCACCAUUGUCCAGAGUGUGGCAAGAGUUUUGCCCAGCAGGGUAAUCUCCAGCGGCACCAGCGCAUUCAUAACGGAGAGAAGCCCUAUCACUGCUCACAGUGUGGGAAGAGUUUUAAUCAACAAAGCACUCUUAAAGCACACCAGUUCAUCCACACCGGACAGAAACCGUUCCGCUGUUCCGAGUGUGGGAAGAGUUUUGCCCAACACAGUAAGCUCCAGCGACACCAACACAUUCACAACGGGAAAAAAACUGGCCCCUGCUUCCAGUGUGGGAAGAGUUUCACGACUAAGAGCAGCCUCGUACAACACCAGUGCAUUCACUUAUCUGACACGACCUUCCAGUGCGUACAGUGUGGACGGAGAUUUACUAAUUCAGGAGCGUUUAACGUCCACAAGUGCUCCAACAUGGAGCCUUCACUUUACCUGCCAGGCACACAGUACGUCUGGUCAAAGUGGAUGACUUGCUCCAUCACCUUUCCUAGCCUUGUUGCUAAUGCUUUUGAGAGCACCUUGCAGUCUGUGCAGAGUAAGGAGACAGGGCGCCAGUUCCUAAGGAUCAGAUGCUCCUGCUUUGUCCCCUGCGGAUUUCGCCACAGUAGCACCAGGGUUGCCUCCGCUGAGCCCGGUCUCAACCGCAGGGGGAACGGUCAUGACAGGAUCCAGCAUGGAGGAGGCAGCAGCUAUGGGCUUAACCGCAGGAGGGUCCAUCCAUGCUCUUCUGGAAAACAGCAUUAUAGAGAUGUGGGGACAGAAACUGGUACAGCUUCAGGUGGAGGAACAUCAGGCAAUGAGGAACACAUCACAUCUGUGGAUCAACAGAAACAUGUGAAAAUGGAAGAGGAUGAAGACGAAGUCUAUGUCUGUGGAGGGACAUCAAACUCUUUACAGCAUCUGGACCAACAGAGAAGAUAUCAAAUGGAGCCUGUAAAAGAGGAAGAGUCUGAAGAUGAAUUCUACCUCUGUACAACAGAAAUGAACAGUACCCACUUACAAACCUUCUCCUGCUCUUGGUGUUCCUUUUCCUAUACAUCUGAAACUUACCUCCACAAACACAUCAGAAGAUGCCACUAUGAGGAAUACCAGAGACUGGUGAAGUUACGAGAGAUUAAAGAUGAGACAAUUUCUGCUACUCUGAACGGUAACCCCUCUAACCAGCCAGCGCAGAAGGCAGUGUAUCCCUGCUCACAGUGUGGGAGGAGUUUCACUGACCAGAAAAAUCUCAGACGACACCAGCGCAUCCACACGGGAGAGAAGCCGUAUCCCUGCUCGCAGUGCGAGAAGAGCUUUAAUCAACAGAGUAACCUAAAAGCACACCAGCGCACUCAUGAUGGAGAGAAGCCAUAUCCCUGCUCACAGUGUGGGAGGAGUUUCAAUCGACACAGUAAUCUCCAGCGACACCAGCGCAUCCACACGGGAGAGAAGCCGUAUCUCUGCCCGCAGUGUGGGAAAAGCUUCAUCCAACAAAAUGCUCUUCAGAUACACCGCCGCAUUCACACGGGAGAGAAACCCUAUCACUGCUCCGAGUGUGGGAAGAGUUUUAUUCAACAAAGUGAUCUCCGAAUACACCGCCGCAUCCACACGGGAGAGAGGCCGUAUCACUGCUCGCAGUGUGGGAAGAGCUUCAAUCAACAUCACAUUUUAAAAUCACACCAGUUCAGUCACAGUGGGGUGAAGCCGUAUCACUGCUCGCAGUGUGACAUGCGAUUUUCCCACCACAGUAGUCUCCAUCGACACCGGCGCAUUCACACAGGAGAGAAACCUUAUCACUGCUUUCAGUGUGGGAAGAGUUUUACACAACAGAGUCACCUCAAAGCACAUCAGGCCAUUCACACAGGACAGAAAUAGGAAGAUACAGCCAUGCUACUGAAUAUAUGAGCUUUCUGCUUACACUCUCCACUCCACAGGACAAUAAGCUAGUUUAGGAAUGUGUAGUUUAUUGUAGAAGGUAAGAACACACAGUGUGUCAUUAUGUGCAAUCGUUCUAGAGGUUUGUGGUGAAAUUCAUGCCUCACAGUGCCAGGGCAGAUAUUCAGUCAGCCUCAGCACAUCUACACUACUGAACUUCUUCAGACAGACAGCACUGAGGUUGAAGGAUGGAAACUCCUUUUGUGUUAAACAGUGGAAUCUGUUCAAAUGUAAAGAAUUACAGUAAAGUCUUUUUACUAAAGUGGGGUUUGAUCCGAUUUUAAUCCAAGCUGGUUUUUCCCUCCUCCCAAUGAUUAUCACCAUGGUUACACAUGUCUGACAUCACACUUACGCCAGAAAGUUAUGAAGAAAAUAUUGCUCAGGGUUUCGCCUGAAUCACAUGCUGCUUCAUUACUACAUUAAAAAAAUCAAAUAAAGAAAGUCCAAUACAACUGGUCAGUUAAGCAGGAUAGAUUUGUUGAAAAAUCAGAGAGAAAGGUGUUCUACGGACACAGCUACUGGUUUUUCUUUUCUAUUCUCUCCAGUUUUUGCUAUAAUUUUGUACUAAUUCAUAGGGAGAAAUCAAUUUAAAUCAGUCCUAUGUGUUGUAACAGAUCUGUAUCAGAAUGAUAGUUUAUUGGACCACAGCAUUUUAAAUUCUAAUCCAUUUUAAGCAGUUUGAUUCAGAUUUAAAUGGACAGUCUGUUAUUGUGCCCAGAACAUGGGAACAGUGGACAAAGUGAUCUACCUUAUAGUAUUACAUUAAUGUUCUAAUAAAAAGUAGAAUAAGGCACCUUUGGAAUUGAAAAUCAGCUGGUCGAGUCCUGGAUUAGCAUUAUGGAGACUAUCACGCCAUGCUAAGUCAAUAAUGAAUUCAGAAAUUACGCUGACCGAUUAGUUCCUCAGGAGCUCUUGGUUGCUGUUGUAGAAAGGACAUUAUUUACAUUUACAUUAUUUACUGUCUAGUGUCACCCAAAUGAGGAUGGGUUCCCUUCUGAGCCUCAAGGUCAGAUCAUCUCAGGGAGUUUUUCCUCACCAUUGUCACCUCAGGAUUCUCAUUAGCGAUAAAUAUUAGGGAUAAAUAGUAAUUUAACUUUAUUAUUUUUAUAAUUUUUUCUGUUUCUAUACUUCUGUAAAGCUGCUUUGAGACAAUGUCCAGUGUUAAAAGGGUAUACAAAUAAAUUGAAUUGAAUUAUGCUAGCUGAAAAAAGCUUUUCACCAAAGAUCAGAGCAGAAAAUACAAGGAAUUACAGCACCAAUAACAUUUCUUCUUCUUCUUCUUAUUAUUAUUAUUAUUAUUACAGUGCAAUAAACUGCGUGCUCCAGCAGGUGGCACUGUAAAUAUGAACUCCACCAUACACUCACUGUAGAAGACAAGCUGCUUUUUUAAUCCUGUUAGUUCCCGUUUCAUCUCUACAUGAGAUUUCCAGCAGCAUAUAUGAGUGAUUUUACAGGAAAUUCCUCCGUCUGUAUUUGAGAAUGUUCACCACUUUAAAUCUACUAGAAACUCUGAGAUAAUUUAAACUAGCUGAUCUGUUUUGCUAAUAGUUAAUGGCCAAAUCCCAAAUGACCCCCUCCUCCCUUUAAAGUGCAAUACAUGGUGUAUUCACACUAAUUAGUUCACUAAAUAGUCAGAGAGGCAUCUGGGGUUGAGUUUUAGUGAAAACAUGACUGGUUUAGCUGUGGCUAAGGCUAUCUGUCUUUCUAUUGUCUAUAUGAAAAAGUGAAUGAAUUUAAUUGUGGACCUUUAAAAACAAAUCUCGAACAAUCAGGUGGAGAAUUAUGUCUGGAGCAAAACAGCAGAGGAGUUUGUAUUUGAAGAGAAUAGUCACGUGUAUCAGUAAGUUUAAGGUUACAGAAGUAAAAUGAAAUUUUCUCUGACCCACAAACAUGAUAGUUACCUUAAAUUCUUCAUUGCAGGUUCACCAGACCUCUCCUGCUAAUCACACAUUGGGAAAUUCACACACAUUUUUGCUGCAGUGAACAUGGUGCAUAACACUUUCACACACCUUUAGUGACACGUGAAGUGUUUUGUACAUCCACAGAUUUUUGUAUCGCAAACACAAGUUAGUAAGUAGACCUGCUUCAGUCUUCAGCUAAGAGUCACAAAAGCUGUUUUUUUUAACAUACAAGUAAGUUCCCACACUUUCACUUCAGCAUCUUGUAUCUCUGUGAAACAUGCACAGACAGGGAUAAGUAAGAACACUCAACUUUAACACUUCAACUCUAUUGGGUCAGCAGCAGUUGCUGUUGGUCAUGUCGCUGGAAGUCACAGAUCUCACUGAAAAUAAGUGAGUCUCUGUCUGUGUGAACGAAGCAGAACAGAGUGGAAAUUGUUGCUAAUUCGCAUAAUACAGAAAUUCAAAAUGCAACACAGCAUUAUCAUUAAAUAAAUUUGUAGCCUGCAUUUGUAACGGGGAACGAGCGCUCAACACAGACUGAUCGCUGAGAAGCCUCCUCAUGUUGUCUCGGUUUUUUUUACAAUUUGUUUUGCUCAUUAUGCAAAUCUCUCGUUAAGUGAGGUUUAACUGUAUAAUGAUAUUUAUAAUAUUUAAAUUUUUACACUCAGCAUCACAUGCAUAUGGAUGCCUAUAGCAUUAUGCAUUAUACAUUAUGCCUUAUGCCAAUGUGUUCUAAUAAGAAAGUUAAUUCUUCCUUUCCUGUCGUACUCCACCUAGCAUAUUUCACCUCACUUGUUCUACCUCACCUUGCCUAUAUCUCACCUAAACAACCUUAACUAGCUCACCUUUCCUAGUCUACCCUGUAGGUGUGUGCACAAGACUGUUAAGCUUUAAUGAAUUGUUUGGCAGAUGUGUGUGUGUAGGUGAGUGUGUGCCUAUGCAACUGUGUAGGCACAGGUAGGUGGUGUGAAUUAGAUUGGACUAUAUAGCCUUCAAAGAGCACAGUGUUAAUGAGGAGGAAGGUUCUUACAGGAUGCCCUGUCAACACCCUAACCCUAACCCCAUUCUGUCCUUCAGACUGAACUCCCAAAUGUGCCACAGUUGGAGCAUUACUUAUUUCCAGACCACUAAAGACCAUUAAAUUAGGUAACUUUAUGCUUUAGACGAUCAUGAUUUGAGCCCCGAGUGUGGCUUUUUCACUAGCCAAUGGGGAAUUGAACCCAGGUCGCAGCAAUGAGAGCACGGGAUCCUGCCACUGAACCACCAGAAGGCUACAUGUAUAUAUGCAUGUAUAUAAUCUUUGACGGAUCUGUAGCAAUGCCUUUGCUAGACACAACAUGCCCAAGUUGGGUGACAGAGGAACUGCAGAAUUGACAUUUGUCCAAGGACAAUUUUACCUUCCUCUUUCAGUCUGUCCAGCAAUUUAAGAAGGUGCCAUUCAUCUUCCUCUAAUGUCUCCCUCUAAUGUCUCCCCAAUCAUCCCCGAUGAUGUCAGCCAGGUACAGGUACUCCUCCAGGUGUGUCAUCCAAGUACUCUUUUCUCUCCAUCAUUUUUUUGCCUAGUCUCUCCUUCCACUCUGGAAGCACAGGAGAAUCACCAAAGUUAAAUGACAUUUGAGACACUUCAGAUGUAGGGGAUUUAGACUUCUCUUUUAUAGGCACUGCAUUCACCACAUCCACUAGGAACAAAUGCACAAUAGAAACUCCAUGUUUCACGGUCACUUCAUGGUAGGCCAUGUUCCUUAUGCCAAGUUCACUCUGCAACAUUUUAGCCCUGAUUUUCGGUUUCAGAUUUUGUGAAAUCGCCGACUAAUGCCCAAUAUUGAAGGCAAAUCGGCGCUUGUGCACUGGAGUGACAAUCACCCAGUGUUAUGCAUCACCGAUACCCGUGAAAUAUUUGGCAUGCUAACUAUCUGGAUCUGUCGCAACUCAAAAUCCUGCAGUGUGAAAGGAGUUCUGACUGGAAAAUACAUUGCCAAUGAGAGAAUGAGAUACAGGGCAGUGGGAAGUUCAGGGAGGAGUUAUAGACCACAAUAUCAGCAAGCAUGGCUCGGGUCAGAACACAAUAUUAUAGUUUAUUAGAGUUUAGAGGUUUUUAUCAGAAAAAAUGUCUUCAAUAUAGUUAUAUCAGAAUAAAUAAGCUUUACAAUAGCAUCAAACAGAAAUAAAGCAGAAACAUCUACUUGACCAGCCGCAUCAGCAGCAGCACAUUGCAAAAUUAUUCAUUUGUUCAAUUCUGCAGAAUGCCCAAUCCUUGUUCCACACACUGACCAUUUGGAUGAACUUUUUGCGGGGUUCCAUUUCUAGUCUCACGCGAGAACUCUGAUCUCACAUGUGAUCUUGCAUUAUUUCCUUAUUAUUUCUGGCGUACGUUCGGUUGUGAAAUGCAGUUUGCAGACCAGACAGAGUUGUUGGAGAUUCUUCCUAUUGUGAAGUCAUGCAGUGUGAAACCUUCUGUCCGAUCCAUCGUGCAGUGUGAACACAGCAGCAACUGAAUGCUCCCCCAGAUGGUCAAGCAGUGUGAAAACAACAGUGAUCUGACUGCAGUGUGGGAUUAGAGUGAUUGAGAUGCGUUGGCCAAGAACCACUGUGGAUUUUUCCACCACAGGCAUCACCAAAAGCUGUUCAGGAAAACAUCUCUCCUCUGGGCAUUCUAUGAUAAGAGCUUGACUACAGCAAUUUCCUAGGAACCUUGGAAUGCCACUCUACCAGGUGGCAGGUUAAGAUGCUUGGCUCCGGUGAACCAAACUGUUCCUGUUUUUAGCUCUGCUGUGUCAUCAGGACAUGUCUGAAGUUUCUCAUAAGCCUCCUUUAUGGCUGGAUAGACAGAGAGGGAACUGAUGAAAUUAUUACCCUGUUUUGUUUGCAGAGUUGAAAUAAUCUCCUUACUAUAGAUGUGUUUGUUCCAACCAACAGGGACACCUCCCCUUUCAUUACCAGAUCUGGACAUACAAGUACAAGUGUUUCAAUGGUUUCUGCUGCACCAACUGUAUCCCCAGUGAACUUAAGCUUCAAGCACAGAUAGCCAUCAUAUAGAUACUGAUUUGCAAUAAGGCCCCAUAUCUGAAGACAUUCAAAUGGUGUCAAUGGCAGAUGCUUCAGAUACUUGUGAUAAAAUGAGCGAUACAGUAAGGCUUUUGCAUAAAUGCCCUCAGUUCGCACAGAAACAAGAGAGCUUGGUCCUACUAGACCAUCCAGCAGACUAGCCUUCCUUUCUUGUAGCAUGUUACAUUUUGUGGAAUGUAUUCUCCCUGGGGCAUCAGGCCAUUCCUCCUGAGCCCCUUAGGAGUUUAACACCAGCUGUUUUGUUUUCAAGAGGCACUUAUUCACGUUUCUUAGAUUUUCUGGAUUUCCACAUUCACGUUGGAAAUGUCUGUCCUCGCCACAUUUAUAACAAAAAACAUUCGCACGAUACUUUGGGUUGUGAUUUUUCACAGGAUGAUGUGCCAAUGAGUUCAUGACAGGUCUCUGGUUGCUAUCUGGCCGUGAAUGUAUUACAGCAUUCCCUGAAGUAGCUACAGAAGCUGAAAGCAAUUGUUUGACCUCACUCUUUAAACCUUGCAAUUCUUGGUUGGAGUGGUGUAAUCGAGACCGUAGUACACUCUGCUCGCCUAACUGCUGUGAAAUCAACUUUACAAUCUGUCUUUCAAAUAUCAUCCCCUCUUCCUCUCUGACUUCACAAAGCAAUUCAGUGAAGCUAGGAGGGGACUUAAGUUUGUACGUCAUUGUUAUGCAGAGACCAUUGAGGUCGUGAGAUAAAGCUCCUCUUGUGAAUUGUUCAAUACAUAUUUGGUUCAUGUCAGCCACUUCAAUUCCAUCUCUGUGAUGACUGCAUGCAAUAGGUUAUCUAGUCUGAGUAAGUAUGCUGACAGUCUUUCGCCUUCCUGUGUGGAGUAUGUUACAGAACUUCACCAUGAGUUGAAAGCAGUCUCCAGCGCUUUUAGAUAGUCAUUGGCAGUUGCAUGGGGAUUACUGACUCUUACCGGACUAUAUCUGCUGCUGGGCCUUUAGGGCUUUCAGCUAUUUUUUGUUUCUUAGUGAUAUCAGAACACUGCCACUCAUCCAACAUAUGGACAGUGUGGUCCACUCAAGCCUCAUAUUCUUCCUCUCCAUGAGGAGUUGGGUUCACCCCUGAGAACAAGUGGAGUUUACGUUAGCUCUGACUCUCUGCAGGUAUGCUCUGACACCUCUUCACCAAUGAGGAAAUGGCAUUCACCAGCUUUGUAUCUAGGUUUGGGGCUGCAGUGGAAGCAGGAGUAGGGGUAAGGAUUCCUGUAAUGUCAGAUAAAGUCUUCCCCUCAUUUGCUAGAAAUGGCAAUAACUUUGUUUGGAAAUGUUCCUAUUCAAUGGGAACUUGGUAACCCUGGGUGUGACCAACACUGACAACCCAAGGCCCUAACUCAUCUUCAGCUACUAACUGUUCUGGUAUGUUAGCCUUAGUCAUGUCAUUGGAAGUCUUAAUUAACACUAACUGGCCCUUGUUAUUGUGUCCUAAACACCUCCCUCUUAUUUUGCAAUGCCCAAAUAUUUUAGCCCCAUAUAGGACUUGGUAAAGCACUUCAUCAGUUACAUUAACAGAAACCUCACUCAAAACAACUGCUUUUUGUAGUUCAAUACAUUUGCCUUCCCGCCAUUUAAGUAUCUGUUCAGCUUCCAUGUUAAUUUCACCUAAAAUCAGCAAAAACAAACAAACAAAAAUAAAUUUUGUUUACAAGGAAAGCACUCCAAACCACAGAUUUUUUUGUCUCAAGUGAAAAACCCUCUAUAUCCUCAAUAUUGAGAAGCCACACAGUGCAUGAGAAGUGAAUUGGUGAUGGAUCAGUGAGAUUAUUACCUUAGAGAUGUGUCUAAAAGAGCACUAUAACUAGCUACUUUGUGUCUGGCUUGGAGCAGAGAGGCCUGGUUCACAUGUUAUAUAGCUAUGCUGCUAAUGUGAGCGCAAACUCCCGUGCAUUAUGUGGCGAUGACUAGGUUCUUUGUGGCAUAACACAGCAUACAGACAUAAACUGUACAUGGAGUAACACAUCGGAACAUUUACUAUUCAACAAUAUCUAUAGAAUUCUCAGAAGUUAGAGUUUCCCUAAUGGUUUUGAAACAAGCCAACCACAUACAAACAAACAAACAAAAAAGACCAUUUAAAAUACCUGAAGAGUGAAAUAUACUAUAUAUUUCUUCACAAACCCAUUAUUUAUCCUCUGACAAAGUUUACAUUACUCAGUCAUAUUCAACACAUUUUAGGUUGAUUGUUUUUUUCCAAAACAGUUCAAGUCUUACUGAAAGCCCUCAAAUGAUCUGAAAUAAAAUCCAGUCAUCAUACUAUUGCACCUAAAGUAAAGAACUUAAAACAAAAACAUUACAUCCUCCCACUUAAACCUAUUUGUGUGCCGUUACUUUAUUUCCCGAUGAUCAGGUUCCUGAAAUGAAGCCUUUGUUCUAAGAGGGUGUGUUAAUUUGGUAGGUGUGUGGUGCAGGGUAACAUAACAUAGUUUAAGAUUACAAUGUACUGCUACUUUAAUCAGUUGAUCUUGAAUCUUGAUAUCCUAUUUUCCUCUAGUCUGAAUUUCCACACACGCACACCUAGUGGCGAUUUACUGUGUGAGAAAUCCUACAGGGACAUGGAGAGAACAUUGAAACUCAACCCAGGAAUUGUGAAGAGAUACCACUACCCACUGUACCGCCACACUGCCCUCCAUAUAGUUAUAUAUAAUGACCCCUAUAUAGUACUUGUUUUCUUUCACUCAGAAACUUUUUAGUGGAGUUAAUAGAGGAUUAAUUAUAUCAACUCUCAUCAAUCGUGUCUCAUUGUCAAGUUCAAGAGAUUAUACCCUUCCCUUAAAUAGGUUUCUUAGGAAAUGGAGAAGAGGCAAUAGAUUGUUGUUUCUUGGAUGGCAUCUGUGAUAUAUCAGUGAGGAAGGCCACCUCUACCUCUUCCUGUUGAUCCUCUGCACAAAGGUAAGAGGCUGAGCCACAGGCAUGUUCAGAGGAAUCAAAGAAAAUCUGUGUCUAUGAAUUGGUUGGUUUAACACCAUGGAAGAACAAUGUGCUGUAAGACAGGUAGCUCCUCCUCCCACUCCAUCCAGGUCUGCAGUAGGCCUGUAGAGAUCUGUAGGCAAAUGGAUAUCAUCCCAGGCCCUUUUAUCAUCCCACAGGUGCUGCACUAUGAGCUUGGCUUUUGUCAUGGCUUUUGCCCUAGGAUGUAAGUGUCUUAUCGUUGAAAGGUGGCUCCUAUACCACUGCCUCAACUCAAAACCUCCUUGUGCCAAUAAGCUUUAGAGUUUAUCAACCAGACCUUUAGCCUCUUCCACCACAGUGAGGCUUUGCAGACAGUGGUCUACAUAGAAAGACUUCAGGACAGAAUGGCAGACAUCUUCUCCAGGUUGGCUGUAUCCCAGGACAUGUUUUUGUUGUGUAAAGACUGCAUAGCAAGGACUGCUUAUGGUGUCAAAUGGGAGAACCUGCUAUUCAUAAACUCUGGGGGGUCUCUGUAACUUUAUGUUUCAUUGUUUUGUGCUCAAGGCUUUCAAAUGCUUCCUGGUCUUGUCUGAAUCUAGUCCAUUUGCCAGAGUCUCUCCACUUGAUUUAAAAGGUCUGUUCAAGCAGAGAGAUUGAAGUGAAGAGACACUGCUGAGCAGAUACCUCAUGUGUUAGAUGUUGUAGAGGCCCCUGUAAAGUCCAGCCAAGAUGUGUCUUGAUGGCCACUGGCCCCUUGGAGGGCCUAGGUGGAUUAGCUCCACUGGUGUACUGUGGUGGUGGUAAUCGGAUCCGAUGAGCCAGACAGGAUGGACUACUUGUAGAUGGUGCAAUGUGAACCCAGUUCAAGUCUUACCAAAAGCCAUCAAGAUCAAACAAAUGAUUUGGAAUAAAAUCCAGUCAUCAUACUGUUGCACCUAACAUAAAGAAAUAAAUUUGAAACAAAAACAUUACAUCCUUCCAGUUAAACCUUUGAGAUGUGCCAUCAUUUUACUUCCUGAUGCUCGGAUUCAUGAAAUAAAGUCUUUGUUCUAAGCGGGUGUGUUAAACUGGUAGGAGUGUGGUGCAGGAAUUCAUAACAUGGUUUCAGAUUAAAAUGUCCUGCUACUUUAAUCAAAAUGUUAAUCUUCAGAAAUUAAUGGCUACAAAGCAUCACUGAUCCACCUCCAGAUUUCACACUGAGGUUUUUCAUCAAACAUUAAAGGGAAGAUGAACAAAAAAUUACAAUUUAUUCAGACAUCAAUAUCACAUUUUCCUCCAGUCUGAAUUUCCUUUGAAGUGUGCUGGACUAAAAAAAAACACACAAUCAAUUCAUUUGUUCAUUCAGCUUCAGUAAGCAAUCUACCCUAGGCAGGGUCAGGGGGGAUUGGGAGUCUGUACUGGGAACACUGGGCACAAGGCGUGAGGGUUAUCUUCUGAUGGAAUGGCAGUCCAUCCCAGUGCACCACACACACACACACACAUCCCAAGGGGUAAUUUACUGUAGCCAGUGAGGAAUCCUACAGAGAUGGGGGAGAACAUGAAAUUCCAUGUAGACAGUAACAGGAGCUCAGGAAGCCAAGAACUGUCAAAAGACACCACCACUACCCACUGUACUACCACACUGCCCUCCAGUGACCCCUACAACCUGUUCCAAUGUGUCAGAUUAAGGCUCAUGUAAAGGUCAGGUCCUGGGUUAUAUGUAGCAGUCCCAGAAGCUGAUGAGGUUUUUGAUAAGAUUAAAUGAGCGAAGCAGAUGAGAUGGAAAUCACGUGUUAAAUUUAAGUCCAGAUUUUGUCUUUGGUGACUGUCUCUCUGGAACUUUUUAGGGUGUGGAGAGAAAAUAGAUCAGUUAUUUCUACUUAAUUAUUAUUAGUCCUGAGAAAUAAUUACUGCAGCAUACCACCAGGUCUGUAUAUAAUCUGUGUGAGUUAUCAGGCUGUGAGAGAAGCUUCACAGCUCGCUGUUCUAAAUCUUCACUCUUCUUCACACGAGUGCUUUAGUUCCUUCAGCUUUGGAGUGAAAUCUGCAGGCAGCAUGAAGGAGUUGAUGCUGUGUGUGAUCUUGUUUGCUGGAGCUUUGACUGCUAUUAAACCCCUGAAAUUCCCUGAAAUUGCCCCGUGUCCCAAGCUGUGUUACACUGGUUUGAUCGUGAUGACCCCAGCGGGAACGGAGAUUAUGAAACCCUCACUGAACUGAGAGUGGAGAAUCCAGGGAGCAUCUGCAAGUGACCCUACUCCAUUCAGGCUCAGACACUGACCGGUGUUGAUGUUAAUAAAACUGGACAAGUGAUUGAAUACUAUGACACAGAGAUUGGGUUUGCAUGUGUGAACGCUCAGCAGAAAAAAUCCCAGUGUUUGGACUAUAAGGUGCGCUUCGCAUGCCCGUGUCAGUUGUUGACUCAGGAACCUGACCCAGUUCCAGGUGGACCAUACUGAAACGUCCAGUCACUUUUUUUCUGUUCUUAACUCACUGUAGUUCUAUGUAUCAUCAGUUCUUUCCUUUAAUAAAUCUGCUCCUCUCUUUAUAUCCUCCAGACUCAUCCCUUUAUUAUUUAGUCAGUUAUGUUACCUUCAGGAGCAGAGUGGUCAGUGCCUCGUGUUAAUCAUUAAGUCUUUAUUAGUGUGAUUCAUGUGGUGUCUCUUUCCCUCUGUUCUUUCAUGAAAUAAAUCAA